AUGGAGGGUUACCGCAGGUGCAACAACUGUGGCAAGGAAGGCCACUUUGGGAAGGAUUGUCCCAACCUUGCUAGGGCAGCAACACGCCCGCCAGUUCAGACCCCUCACCAGCACCAGCGGAGAGAUAGAGGUUUGGUCAGGACGUCGUCCUUUUGUGCUAGGUGUCUGGUGGAGGUAGAGGGACGCAGGUACAGGGUCAACUUGAUUUGUCUGCCUCUACAAGAGUUGGAGGUGAUAUUAGGAAUGGAUUGGCUCUCUGCCAAUCGUAUUCUUAUAGAUUGCCGAGAGAAGAAACUGUUUUUUCCCAACACAGAGGAGCCUGGGUUGGUAUCUUCUCAGGGUGUUAUGAAGGAACUCCAUGAAGGCACACAGUGUUACGUGAUCUUCAAACAUCUGGAGGUGGAGGGAGGAGAGACGACGUCAAUAAUACCAGUAGUGCAGGACUUUGAGGAUGUGUUUUCGGAGGAAGUAUCAAGGUUACCGCCCCGCAGAGAGGUAGAGUUCUCUAUCGAUCUAGUGUCGGGGACAGGUCCAGUAUCGAUGGCUCCCUACCGCAUGGCUCCAGCAGAGUUGGUUGAACUUAAGAAACAGAUAGAGGAAUUGAUGGCGAAAUAG